AUGGCUAUGAAUGUGCCAUUAAAUAGCCUUGUCAGAUCAGAGCAGCCGUUAUCACUCAUAACCCAGGUAAAACACGGAGAAAAGCAAAACUACAACCCCGAUUUUUGGCACAUGAAGUUCCGAGCUUUCAGUCCCUUGAAAGGGUCCGACCCGAUCCAGGAUCUCAGGAGAAUCUCUGAGCUAUGCUAUCAGUGGCUGAGGCCGGACGUGCACAGCAAGGAGGAGAUCCUGGAUCAGCUGGUGUUGGAGCAGUUCCUAACCUGCACGUCACCAGAGCUGCAGGCCUUAGUGAAGGAGAGCCGAGUGAGGAGCUGCAAAGACUUGGAAAAGAUGCUGAGGGACAGGAAAGUCCACAAGUGGUCCAUAAUCUACUCCCAAGGACAGGCAUACCUCCUUCAGGAUCCCAGUGCUGAGAUGGCUGAAGGCCCCGGGGACAACCGGGAUCCUGUGGAUUUGUCCCAAGGGCACCUAUCAAAUGAAAGCAAGGAGUCUCUCAACAGAGGCCAGGCCAGCCCAGAGCUGCAGAACCUAUCAGAGACGGAAGAGCCAUCCGUCAGACUGGAAGAGGACUUUUUGCUGGGAGGGAUUCCUGAGCGGACACGGCCAGACUACCUGAGACCUCAGCAGAGCCUGGAGAGUGACUCAGUUCCUGACUGGGAAAAGGCAGAAGUGUCUGCGUUUAUCGGUCAGGACCCUCAGCUGACCCAGGGCCCUGCUGGUUCUCUCAGAGUGAAUGGUGCGGUGCUACCCCAAGAAGACACUGAUGUGGAUGUUGUACCAUCGUUCACCCAUAUUUUGGAAAGAGAGUUAGCCUUGAAUAGGGAUCCUCAGAGUCUUCGUGGUUUCAAUUUACCCGCUUCCCAAGGAGUGGCCUCCUGUAUGGACAAUACAGAAGAUGGGCUAGAGGCUGCUAACCCACAGCCCGCUAAUCCACAGCCUGUAGAGAAACUUGACAGUCUUGCUGGCCAGGCUCGGUUUCAGUGUACCGAAUGCAAGAAGAGCUUUCUUUACAAGUCUCAUUUUGACCUCCACCAGAGGACACACACAGGGGAGAGACCCUUCAAAUGCAACUUGUGCAACAAGGCCUUUCUACAAUCCUCCGACCUGAGAGUCCACCAGCGCGUCCACACCGGGGAGAAGCCUUACACGUGUGCAAUCUGCCGAAAGGGGUUCGCCCACGGGUCCACCCUGCAGAAGCACAAUCGGAUCCACACAAAAGAGAAGCCUUAUGCGUGUGAGGAUUGUGGGAAACGCUUCCGCCACAAGGCCAACCUCACUGUCCAUUUCCGCAUCCAUCGCGACUUGAGACCCUACAUCUGUAAGAAGUGUAACAUGGCUUUCCGACAGCAGGGGACUUGGAAGCGACACAUGAAAACCCACUUGAGAACGGCGUCUGUGUAAUUCUGGAUCUAGUCUUUUCUCGGAAGGACUGAGAUUGAAGUUUUUUCCCCAGAGAAAUGGAGGCUGGGUUG